AUGCAGGAACGCUUUAUGGUCUACGGGACACGCUCGCCUAUAAACUGGAUUCAAAAGCUACGCACUAACCGGCUGCGGAAGAACUUCUUUGUAGAGGUCGAGUCGGCGAGGUGGAGGCGGCUGGCUGCAAAGCAGUACCUUAAGCAGGUCAAUGCUUUCCUAGAGCCCCUACUUCUAAUUGCAUAUAUCGUAUCCGGCCAGCCAGUAUAUGGCAGCGAGCUUAUUAGCCGCGAGUGGCAUGCGUGGCUUGGUCUUGCGCUGUUCCCGGACAACCCCCUUCCCGAGUUUGGGAGGGGGUUCAAUGUGGUUAGAGCGAAACCGGCUACGACGUGGAUGGACACCCCGGCUGGCCACACAACUGAUACGGCUGAACGGAUCUAUGCUCGUAUUGGUAGCUCCGGGUUGUCUUCUAAGCGAAAGGCGGUAUCCGAUAUUUCCGGAAACCAGCCAGGGAAAAAGGCCAAGUUUAGAGUAGAAGACAGAGCUGAUAAAGCGGACGGCGUUAUUAGAGGGUUCUUGAAACUAGAGGACCAAGAGAGCAGGAUGUGUAGGAGUAGAAAAGCCAAAUUAGGCUGA